AUGUCGAUAAUCCACAGAGACAUCAAGACAUCUAACAUACUGCUAGAUGAUCGCUUGACGGCAAAAGUGUCCGACUUUGGAGCUUCUAGAGGUAUUGCAAUUGACCAAUUAGGGGUAACAAUUGCCAUCCAAGGAACUUAUGGAUAUCUUGAUCCUGAGUACUACUACACAGGCCGACUGACCGAGAAGAGAGAUGUUUACAGCUUCGGUGUCAUGCUUGUGGAACUACUUACAAGAAAAAAACCAACUGGCUACGUGCCGUCAGAAGGCGUCAGUCUAGUAGCACACUUCAUGUUGCUGUUGAACCAAGAUAGGCUGAGUGAAAUACUAGAUUCACAGGUUUCCCAGGAGGCUGGGAACGAAGCCAAGGAAGUAGCGGCAAUCGCAGCAAUGUGCUUGGGGAUGAAGGGGGAAGACAGGCCAACCAUGCGGUACAUGGAAACGAAACUCCAGGGGCUGCAGAGUGUGGAGAACAUCGUGAAGAGCGAUCCGGAAUUGGAAGAAGUUCUAGUUAGACUACGUCGCAGAACAUUUGAAAGAAGCAGAGAUAAUGCUGACAAGGAGGGUCAUAGUAACAGCAGGCGAUAUAGCAUGGAGGAGGCGAUGUUGUUUUCGGCGAGCUUGCAGCGAUGA